ACCUGGUCACCCUGCGAUCUUCUGCUUUGUGAAUAAUAAGUAGGGCGAUGCAUGCAUGCCAGCUCCCUCACGCUAAGCCAAAUCCCAAUCCAACGUGCCCUGCACUGUUUGUCUACACCUUCACUUCUAUUCGUUCCUAGCUAGUAGCAAAUUAAGCUGCAUGUCCUUUUCGCCGGCCCAUUUCAGCUGCUCUCACUCUCUUGCAUUAAUAAUUAACCCAAUCUGCAGACUGCAGUGCAGGCAAAGCUAGGCAACCACGUACGUCCAUACGUUGCAUCGCCCAUCGAUCGACCGAUUAGCUAUCUAAUUGGCCCAACUAAAUCUUGCUUUGCUAGCUUGUGCUUCCCCUAGCUAACAUAAGCUAUAGCCUAUAGCUUCCUCCCUCCCUCUCAAACUUAGUUAAUUACUUCCACCAGCCUCAUCAAGCUAUAGCUAGCAUGAGAAGGAUACAGAUACACCCCUCUCAUGGCGGUGGCGGCGGCACCGGCGGCCGUGCACGUCGUCAGGCGGCAGAUCAGCCGGUGGUGUACACGGUGUGGAAGAGGUCCAGCAUAGGCUUCCAGGGCACCGAUGGCUUCUCCGUCUACGACUCCGCCGGCAAGCUCGCCUUCCGCGUCGACAACUACUCCCGCCGCCGCAAAGCUUUCGCCGGCGACCUGCUGCUCAUGGAUGGCCACGGCACGCCUCUUCUCUCCCUCAGGCCGCAGAUUCUCAGCCUGCACAAUCGAUGGAACUGUUACAGAGCACAAGAGGAAGAAGGCUUGGACAGCACGAGCUCUCCUUCAGUGUCACAGCAGCAAGUCUUCUCCAUGAGGAAGAGCUCAGCUCUUCAGAGCAGCGACGAAGCAGAAGUUUUCAUGUCAACAAGAACAAGUGGUGACAGCCAAUUACCUGAUGCUUCUCCCAGCCCCAGCUUCAGAAUCGACGGCUGCUUCUCCAUGAGGAGCUGCAAGAUCCGUGGCAGCAACGGCGAGGAGGCAGCGCGGAUCACGAGGAAGAACGCCGGCGUGAUGUCCAGACCGGUCAGCCUCGGCGACGACGUGUUCACCCUCGUCGUCAGGCCAGGCGUCGAUGUCGCGGUCGUCAUGGCUAUGGUCGUUGUCAUGGACCGUAUCUGCCGGAGGCCCUACACACCAAUGGCGUGUUCAUCAUCUGGAAAUUCAGUAGUUCAUAGUGGAGAAAUCAUCAAAUCCAAGGAAAAAUACCAUCUAAACCGCAGUAGUAGUAGUUUGCUGUAAAUUUUAUAUAUUGCAGCCGAGAUGUAACUAAGGUUGUGCUAAAUUUUGUGUAUUUGCAACUAUUUCACAUGAAGAAAAUUUGCGAAAAGUUCAGGCUUUAUAAAGAGUACGCAUAAUGUGACCUCAGAGUGCACAUUUCUAGCAA